AUGGCUACUAGCACUCGCAAAAUCAUCGCCGUCGUGGGCGGGACGGGUAACCUAGGAAGCUCGGUGGCACGAUCGCUUCACGAUAACCCCGACUUCCAUGUCAGAGUCUUGUCUCGUGAUCCCACCACUGCAAAGGCACAGGUUCUGGCCAAGAACGGCAUUGAAGUCGUCAAGUGCGACAAUUGGAAGGCAGAUGACUUGCAGCAAGCCUUUACUGGCUGCUGGGGGGUCUUCAUCAACAUCGAUUCGGAUGCUCCGAACUUCAAGAACAGGAUCGGCCCCUCCGAGUUUGAAAUGGGCAAAAUCAUCAUAGAUGCAGCGGUCAAGCCUGGUGUGAAGCAUGCAGUGCACGCGUCGCUCCCAGCGGCGUCUAAGCUGACAAACGGCAAGGUUCCUGUUCUCGCCUUUGAUGAUAAAGCAGCCAUCUCAGAGUACCUUCUUGAACCAGGCAGGUUUGAGACCGCCUCGAUACUCAGCGCAGGCUGGUUUUUGGAGAAUGCCUUUGACCCCAAGUACACGGCCGCAUUUGGAGGCUUUGCAACGAUACCAGAUGCCGAAGGAUUUCUGACAUAUCGCGUGCCUGCAAUGGGCAACGACCCUGAGUCUGUUCCGUGGCUGGCAGUAGCCGACGACUACGGCGACUUUGUCCAUGGCGUAUUUCUAGACCCCGAGAGAUGGAACCGUCAAUACAUUCACGGAGUUUCGGAGUCUGCGUCUUUCGCCGAGCUGACGGCCAAGUUCCAAAAGCUGACUGGCAAGCCAGCCCGACAUGUGGAGAUUCCCAAAGGAGGGUUGACUGCGACAACGGCUUCCAAGACGACUGAAGUGAAUGGACUUUUUGACUUGAUGCAAGAAAUCAAGGGAAACUUCUUCAAUGGCAUCCCGACAAAGUCGGAGGAUGCUCGCGUUCUCAAGGAGAAUGCUUCCAAAGCUCGUCGAUCCGAUGGAGUGAAGGCUCGACCCAUGACCAUAGAAGAGUUCUUUACAAAGUAUGCGAAAUGA